AUGGCACAGCCAUCGAGCAGCUGUCGAGAACUGGACGAACGAAAUACUCGGGAAGCAAUCUUCUAUAAACGUUUGAUCGCUAUAUUAUUGUCAAAUCUUGCGAUACAGAGAACGGAUGACGACGGAUCGAUUGGAAGACUCAACAUAGAAGCGUCUUCUUCGCAAUUCGAGUACCUUCGGAACUUUGUAAACGGCCAAGGUUCUAUAAGGGAAGUUGACAGAAUUCUCAAAAAUGCGAUAAAGCGACCCGCAUACUCGGCGUGUGAUUAUAUGGCCGUCUUUUCCGUUUUUUUAUCUGGGGCGUCUUAUUAUUUCAAUUUGUUUACGAGCAAAGCAUCCGAGUAUUGGACGCUUAUGAAUGAACACUGGGACAUAACUAUAAUCGCCUUCACACUCGUAGCUGGUUUAAUAAUUUUGAGAAGACAAAGAUGGUCUCGAGGCUUACUUAUCUUUCUCAUGAUCGAUGUUGUAUUUGUAAUCAGUUUCUUCAUAACUUGGUGGCGACUUAUACAGGAAGCAGAAAUUAAAUUAAUGGCGGCACAAGCGCAAUUUGCUGAAAUGCCAAUUGCCUGCCAGCCGGAUAAAAUGAGUCUGUGGGACAAGAUGUGGGAGAAGAUUGCAGCUACGAACGAUUGUGAAAGAUACUACGAAACGAUCAAGACGAAUCCUACAUUGCAAGUGACACCGGCAUUCGCAUUGACCCAUUUUGUCACCACGACUUUUGUCCAACCUUUGUCGUACUUUGGAUCGGUUAUGUCUGAAUUCGUAGAUAACGCUACCAGUAAAUUAAACUUUGUGUACAAGUUUCCCGUCGUAAUCGCUCUUUUCUCAAGUUUCUGCGUAUGUGUAAUAUUGAUACCGUUUUUCUGGAUUGGCGGAUCUAUUAAUUUCGGUUUUGGACCGUUCUUCAAAUUUGGAAUCAAAGGCAGACGACGAAACUCCAACGAGAAGAAAGAACGCAUCGAACGGAUUUACGAGGAAAUUUCACCUAGGAUGAGAUUAAAAGAUUCGGACAAAACGAAGCGAAUUACGUCGGGACGAGAUAACGAUCCUGCUGCUGGAGGUGACACUGGUGAUACUACCGAUGUACAACUGAGAGAAAGAUGCAAGGGUAAAAAAUGCAAGUGUGAAAAUAAAAGUGGAGAUGGAGACGUGGAAUGA